AUGUCGUCUCCUCAAGUGAAACAUCCUAUUAUCUUGUGGGCUCAGCGAGAGGACACUAUUCUUUUGACAGUCGAAGUUAUGGACAUGAAUGUUGAGGUCUUGAAUUAUGAAGAUUCUACGAAAACCUUCACCAUCAAAGGAAGCACCAAGACUGGCGACAAAUACGAAGCUGCUUUAAAGCUGUAUGAGGAGUUGGAAUGGUCUGACCGAAACAGGAUCAAGACUGACCGACAUGUCGAGCUUAUCAUUAACAAAAAGAAGCCAAGUUGGUGGCCAAGGUUGUUGGAGAGCAAGGAUAAGGUGCAGUGGAUUAAGGUAAGAGGUUUUUCCUUUCUUUUUUUGUUUUAGGUCUUACUGCGAAUAUUUGACAAGUGUGUAAUAUUAUGGAUGAGAAGUUUAGAAUAUGCUGAUUUCUUUCAUUUUCAGGUCGAUUUCAACAAAUGGAUAGACGAAGACGAUGAGGAAGAAGCUGCUGGCGCCGGGUUCGACUCAUCCGCAUUCCAGAACUUUGAUUUCUCCAAAUUCGGAGGCGCCGGGGGUGAAGACGAAGAUGUGGAUGCGAGUGAAUUAGCCGCUGAACUGGAUGAACAUGGUGUAUCCGACGAUGAGGCCGAAGAAGAGCUCUCAAAAGCCCAGGACUCAGCGGAAGACGUCAAAACGACUGAAUCCAAGGCCUGA